AUGGCGUACGCGAAGUUGGAUUUCGAUGAUAAACCCCAGGAUAACCUAAAAUCUUUGCUUACGAUAGGACAAGAUGAGGAAACUGCAGAAGAUAUGUUCAUGGAAGAACUAAAGGCAGAAGCUGCGGAAAAUCCACAAGCAAUGGCGGCUCUAGCAAGUCAACUUUUAUCGCCAACAAGCACUAAAGAACCAGAAUCCGAAUCGAUUCAAUUGCUCCCCAAUCCAGGAUUCGUGGCCAAAGCACUGACCAAAAAAAGUUAUAAGCAUAAUCAACCGACUAUAAAAUUCAUGAUCAAUGUGUGUCAUUCGGAUUUGAUUCCUGGUCCGCCAGCCGUGGACGAAGCUGAAAUAAGAAAGGCGAUGGAUGCUAAAGGGGACACAACCUAUAACGUUCCAGCUGUCUUGGGUGAACUGCGAGAGGAUAAAGAUAAAGAUCAAAAUACCUGCCUCGUAUGUGAUGUUAUCAUACAUACGGAGCCUUACAGAAGAACGAAGAAAGACCCCGACUUUAAAUUGUACAUAACAGAAUUAGCGGCAGAAAUGAUCGAAGAACAAUAUGAUCUCCAAUUAAGUCGACCGUUUGCAUACCCGAAAAUGCACUACAAGGGUAACAUCAGGGAAAAACCAGUCGUUAUUCCAAAGAGGAAGAAUCUGUUGAUAACUGAAAUCCCUUUUCCGUCAAGUAAACAAAAGUCCAGUGAAGAUCAAAAAUCGGCUAUUAAGAUCACUUCCUUAGAGCGACCAGAGUACAUAAUCGCAUAUGAUCGUAAAGAUACAAAAGAUUACCUAAUCAUUUCCAUUGAGACCCCUUCCUUGGAAUCUAAAUCUUUUAAACAAACUACGCUAGAUCUAGAGUCCUCGCGCCUUAUUCUACAUUCACCUGAAAAAUAUUCUUUGGACAUAACUUUACCUUUCCAAGUUGAUAUUACGACAGCAACGGCCAAAUAUGUAAAAUCCAAGAAAAGAUUUGUCCGCAAAAAUUGGCUUAGCCCUUUUCUCAUGAUAUAA